AUGGAAACAUAUUUUGAAAACUUCGUACCAGGAAAUUAUACAAAAGUGAAAAUAAGUCGCGUAGUUGAUACAAGUCGUGCAAUAGUCGAACAUAAACAUUCUGGAUUUAAUUUUGGGGAAACUUUUUAUAUGGGUGAUGAAAGUAUUUUUCUUCGUUAUAAUGGUUCUUAUGAAGCGAAUGUUGUAGAUUCAAGUAGAUAUACUAGUUUUACUCCGGAAGAAAUAGAAAUUUUUAGAUUAUUGUAA